UUCCUUCUGCCACUUGGCUGCAGUGUGGAGUGGCUGAAGGAAUUGUAUAAAGGUGUCCCAGGAGCCUGGAGGGCUGUAAGUCAGCCUGUGCUGCCAGCUGGGUUCGAGGUGCUCCUGGGUGUUCCUUGUUUGCUGUGGGUGACUCAUCCCUCCCUGCCCUGUCCCUCCUGCUGUCCCCUGUGUGCCCACUGCUGUCCUCAGCGUGCCAGGGCUCACGGCCGCCUGGCCCUGCUCUCCUCAUCCCCAGCACGUGGCACAAGCCUCUCCUCCCCGCAGGACAAGGCAGAGCUGCACUCAAGGAGCUAUGGGGAACACCCCGAGUGUGCCAGAGGAAGCUGAGGAUGACAACACCUGCAGAGUGAAGAGCUACCAGCCCCUCCCCGAGUCUCCUGACACUGUUCAAAACGGGUCUGUGGUGUGUGCUCAGAGCCCUCCCCUGGCAGUGAAUGAAGCCCCCGCAGGCCGGGAUAAUGGGGCCGUGUCUGUGGCGGAGCCGAGCGCCGGGAGCGCUGCCAGGAGGGCUGAGGCAGCUGCCAGGCCCCGCUCGCUGCUGGCCGUGCCCUGGGCUGUGCNCUGGCCGUGCCCUGGGCUGUGCCAGGCCGUGCCGAGGGAGCCGCAGCCCCCGCACCCCGGUGCUGCCGGUGCCGCCGGUGCCGCCGGGCCGGACGACGCCCCGAGUGAGGGCAGGCAGGGACCCGCGGCCCAGCCCCGGGCCGGUACAGCCCCGCCGCAGGCCUCAGCGCAGGACACCGCGCUCCCGGGGACACCUGAGGGACGCCAUGUGGCCGCCCCGAGGGCCAAGGCAGUGACGCUGCUGGACAGGCUCUUCAGGCCGGAGAAGGGCCCGGGAAGGGAGCGAGGUGACGCCCGGCAGGGGAGGCCGCGCUCGGACGGGCCCGACGGGAGCAUCGCCGCCGGCGCGCCCAACGCGGUCCCGCUGGGCAAGGAGAUAGAUGAGUGCACCCAAAAGGAGCUCGGGCAGGACUCUGCAGGUGAGGAGGGCCCAGCUGCUGCAGCACCUGGCAGGGCACAGCUAGAGCAGGACAGUGCCCAGGCAGCUGCAGCACAGGGCUCAGUCAUGAGCUUCCUCAAAACACUGGUCUCCCCAAGCAAAGCUGAAGCCAAAAGUGAUUCUGAAGACAAGGGCUCCAAGGCAGAGAAGGGCCCUGGGGGACAGCCUGGCCCGAAGGCAGCAGCAGAAUCCCCCUCCAAAGGAGGCAAGAAAAAGAAGGCAGAGAGCCCCAAGCUGGGCCACAGCACCUUUAGCAAACUCUUUAGGCACAAGGCUGUGAAAGAAACCCAGCAGACAACCAACACCAAAAGCCCUGAACAGCCUCCUGUCACCUCUGUGAAAGCAGACAGGAAUGUCCCUCCCUCCCAGGAGCCACCAGCCAAGCAGAACCCAAAAGCACCAGAGGCUGCAGCCCCUGUGCAGGCAGUGGCCACUGAAACCCCCCGGGAGGCCACCAAGGACAAGGGCUCGGCCACUCCCCUGCCCCUGAGCAAGCUCUUCUGGAAAAAGAACUCCUCAGAAGAAGCAGAGGCUGUGAGCAAUGAGAAGGCAGAGGUGGCUCUGGAGGUGGUGGCUCCAGACAGGGACGAGAGCAAGAGCACGGAGAGCACCGAGCUGAAAGCGCGAGGGGCCGAGAGCAAAACGCCCAAGGCGAACCUGAGGAGGUUCUUUAAGCUGUCAGUCAAGGGUGCUGGAGGGACCCCCAGUUCAGAGGAGGGAGAUGCUCCCAGCCCCAGACACCACCAUACUCUGAACGCCACGGAGAAGCCUCUUGCCCCAUCUGACAGCGACCCUGGGGGCCAGAGGAGCAAAGAGGGCUCCAAGGACAAGAAGUCCACGCUGGAUCUGGGCAGGCAGAAGGGCAGGGAGCAGCCAGAGCCCCGGGAGGGAGCAGCAGCCGAGCCCGACUCCAUGCAGAACGGCGGCGACGCCAAGGAGCCCCCCUGCAAGAGGACAGAGAAGAGGCAGUCCCUGGGAGGGUUCUUUAAAGGCCUUGGCUCCAAAAGGAUGUCGGAUGCAGAAGUGCAGACAGACCCCGUGUCCAUCCUCCCUGCUGGGAAAUCCAAGUAGUGCCCAGCCCUGGCUGCUGAGCUCUCAGCAACUCUCUGGGAGCUCCUGGCAGCAGAAAUGACUCCUUUUCCUCCCCUGGCUGUCAGCAAACCCCUGAGGCUGAAGCAAACACCGGGGUGUCAUUGCAGGUUGUCACUGGUUUGUUCCUCACCUGUAGGAAGCAGCUCUAAAGAUCCCCAAGAAAAGUGUUUGAAGGAAGGUGGUGUGGAUGGUUUGAGGUGUGGAGAGGGGAGAAUAAGUCAGGGAUGAGGGUGGCAGGGAAUUCAAUAAAUGGCAGAAAAACAAAGCACGUGCAAAGGAGGGCAGCGAGGCACAGGCAGCUUUGGAGAGCUUGAAAGCAGCCAGGGAAACCAGAGAUCCCCUGGUUUCAUCCAGGGCAUACAUUUAAUUUAAUCCCCCUGGAUAAAUGUUCUGCUUCAAUGCCAAAACAGCCGAGUCGCUUCUGGUGGGGUUUCGACAGAGCUGAAAUCCGAGCUGAGCCCUUCAGCCUGGUGAGCCCGCGGUGAUCAGCCCCUGCUUCUGUUGGGUAUUAAUGGAAAUUAAAACGCUAAAAUGCAAAGGCUUGUCGUGAUUGGGGCGGCCCCUCUCUCGGCCCGGCGGGGUGGGAUAACAAAUUUAAAGCUGUUUAAGGUUCUAACAGGACACCAGAGGGCACCACGUCCCCUAACGCCGGGCUGUGCUGCCAGCCGGGAUUAAUGUUCCUUAGAUCAUAGGAAACUUAGUUCUUCAUCCUGAUACUUGUUUAUAUCCGUACUUGUAAUUAAUCCUAAUAAAAACCAAAAUCAAAGCUGCCCGGGCAGCUCCCUGCUUCACAAGGCUCCUGUAAUAACUGUAGGUAAUAAAUUUUACAGAAAAUUAAGAUUUCUGUUUGGUCAGUCCUAGCCUGUACAGGGAACCGGGGGCCUGACAUUUUAAUUCACACUGAUAUUAAUGAUACAAUACUGUAUAUUUUGACACCCUUAUCUUUAAAUAAACUAAUACUUAUCCUUUGAAACAACAACAACAAAAAAAUCAGUUGCUGCUUCAAUUUUCAAACAAAGUUUGUUAUUUGCAUCCCUGUGCUCUGGUUGUUGAUGUGACAUUAGGCAUAAAUCAGACAAACCUUGCCUGUGGAGGGAAUAAUUGUUGUUUUCUCUUUAUUUCUCACCUGGAAAGCAAGGGAGAAUUCUGUAAAUUCUGCAGAAUUAUGUUUCUAGCUAAUGAGAGAGGACAGAGGUGAAAAGCCCCUGCAGUUCUGUGGGAUUUUUGCUCUGAGUUCUGCAAACCUGCAGGUUUGGGGUGCCCAACCCAAACUUGCUGCUGGUUCUGUGCACAGAGAGCACAGACCAAAAGUUCUUUAAAAUUAAAGUUGCUGAAAGUUAAAAUUGCAUUUUCUGCUCCCCUCCCUGGCACUUUCAUGCCAUAUAAAGGGAUAUUUAUGCCAUGGGAGUUGCUCACAGGUCUCCAGCCUCAUCCACAGCCCCUCCUUGCCCAUCUGGGCAGGACCUGUGCAUCCCCAGUGUGAAAGGACUGGGGUUGUUAUACCCAGC